UUUAAUUAUACAACACAUUUUGUUGGUAAGAAUUAGAACGUUACAUUUGAUAAUAGUGCCAAGGGUAGGGGAAGAGUUGCACCCUGACUCUCUGACCCUGACCCUGACCCAUUGCCAUUUUUCCUGAUCGCGAUCGGCGAAGCUUCAUUUUGCGAAGGAGUGGAAACUAUAUAAUUCGAAUAGGUUGGGUAGGGCAGGGUUUGUGAAUUCAUUGCAAAAUGGGGGUUAUGUCCAGGCGGGUCGUUCCCGUCUGUGGUAACCUCUGUGUGUUUUGUCCUUCUCUGCGUGCAAGAUCAAGGCAACCGGUGAAACGUUACAAGAAGUUGAUGGCUGAUAUAUUCCCGCGUAAUCAGGUUGCUGAGCCUAACGACAGGAAAAUUGGAAAGCUAUGUGAGUAUGCUUCUAGGAAUCCAAUGAGAAUUCCUAAGAUUACUGAGAACUUGGAGCAAAGAUGUUAUAAGGAUUUGCGUCAUGAAAACUUUGGUUCGGUGAAAGUGGUCUUGUGCAUAUAUAGGAAACUGUUAUCGACAUGUAAGGAGCAGAUGCCGCUGUUUGCCAAUAGCUUAUUAGGGAUCCUUCGAACGCUUCUAGAGCAAACUCGUUCAGAGGAAAUGCGGAUCUUAGGCUGCAAGACUCUUGUAGAAUUUACAGAUUGCCAGACAAAUGGUACAUACAUGUUCAACUUAGAGGGUUUUAUACCAAAACUAUGUCAAUUGGCUCAAGAAGUGGGAGAUAAUGAACAAGCUCUUCUUCUACGAUCAGCUGGCCUACAAGCGCUCUCCUACAUGGUGCAGUUCAUGGGAGAGCACUCACAUCUUUCCAUGGAUUUUGACCAAAUUAUAUCAGUGAUUUUGGAAAAUUUCCCGGAUCUCCAAUCCAAAUCCAAUCUUGCCAAAGUAGAGAAAUUGAAUUCACAAUCUCAGAGCCAAUUGGUCCAACAAUUUCCCAAAGGAGGAGACCUACAUUCUUUAUCAGAUAUCAGUAAGAAGAAUGCUUCCUUACUUAAUGGUGUGACAGGAACUGAGACAGAACCCAAGUUAGAUACUGGUAAAGAUCCUGCUUAUUGGUCAAAGAUUUGCUUGUAUAAUAUGGCCAAAUUGGCCAAGGAAGCUACAACUGUGCGGCGUGUCCUUGAACCAUUUUUUCAUAACUUUGAUGCUGAAAACUACUGGUCUUCUGAAAAGGGAGUUGCUUCUUGUAUUUUGCAGUAUUUGCAAUCUCUUCUAGCAGAAUCAGGUGAUAACUCCCAUCUUCUGUUGUCCAUUUUGGUCAAGCACUUGGAUCAUAAAAAUGUUGCUAAGCAGCAUAUCCUUCAGAUUGAUAUUAUUAAAACCACCACGCAGCUUGCACAAAAUGUGAAGCAGCAGGCUUCGGUUGCAAUCAUUGGUGCAAUAUCUGAUCUCGUUAAACAUUUAAGGAGAUGCCUGCAAAAUUUAGCUGAAGCAUCCAGCAUUGGAGAUGCUACAUAUAGGUUGAAUACUGAACUUCAGUCCGUCUUAGAAAUGUGUAUAUUACAACUUUCAAAGAAGGUUGGGGAUAUAGGACCAAUUCUUGAUUUGAUGGCUGUGGCACUGGAGAAUAUCCCAGUUACUACCAUUACAGCAAGAUCGACAAUCUCUGCUGUCUAUCAAACAGCAAAAUUAGUCACUUCCAUUCCAAACGUGUCAUAUCACAAUAAGACUUUCCCUGAUGCCUUGUUUCAUCAAUUGCUCCUGGUCAUGGUUCAUCCUGACUACGAAACACAAAUUGGAGCACACAAGAUCUUCUCAUUGGUGCUUACGCCAUCCAUGGUGUCUCCUUGGUUGGACUACAAAACAAUGACUGCUCAUAAGGCACAGAAUGAUCGAUUCUGCAAUCCGCCUGAAACUUUUUCUGGAGACGAAAACUGGAACGGAAAACUUGAAGAAGAAAAGACAAUAUCUGGUGUCAAAGGGAAGAAAUAUGCAAUUCAUCCAUAUAGGGGCUACAGCUUUUCUCCCAAGCUAACUGAUGGAAACGAGGAUCAAAGUUCUCUUAGGCUAAGCAGUCAUCAAGUCAGUCUUCUGCUUUCUUCAAUCUGGGUCCAGGCAACAUCUGUGGGAAAUGGCCCUUCAAAUUAUGAGGCAAUGGCACACGCCUAUAGCAUUGCUUUAUUAUUUACUUGUUCUAAGGUAUCCAGUCACAUGGGUUUAGCAAGAUCUUUUCAACUGGCAUUUUCUCUCAGGAGGGUCGCUUUGGACCAACAAGGAGGCUUACAACCAUCUCGUAGGAGGUCCCUUUUUACGUUGGCUUCAUAUAUGCUUAUCUUCUCUGCCAGGGCUGGCAGUCUCCGUGAUCUAAUUCCAAUAGUUAAAGCUUCUCUGACCAAGGAAACAGUAGAUCCUUUUCUUGAAUUGGUUGAUGAUAUCCGACUGCUGGCUGUCUGUAAGGAAACGGGGAAGAUAACUUAUGGAUCUGAGGAAGAUGAGGCGGCUGCUGUGAAGUCUCUUUCAGCUGUAGAAUUGGAUGACAAGCAGUUGAAAGAGACCGUAAUAUCGUACUUUAUGACUAAAUUUUCAAAAUUGUCUGAGGAUGAACUGUCUAGCAUAAAGAAUCAACUUGUACAGGGAUUUUCCCCCGAUGAUACAUAUCCAUUAGGACCUCUGUCAUUUAUGGAGACAUCAAGACCAUGUUCUCCUCUUCCUCUGAUUGAACUCCCAAGUUUUGACGAGAUAAUGAUUCCGGAUGAUUUGACGGAGAUAGAGACUGGACCUGAGCAUAGUGGAAGCCAGUCAGAUCGCAAAACAUCACAGUCAACCAACCACCCUGAUGUUCUAAGUGUUAAUCAACUAUUAGAUUCGGUUUUGGAAACUGCACGGCAAGUUGCAAGUUUCUCCACUCCCUCAACUCCUCUACCUUAUGACCAAAUGAAGGACCAGUGCGAGGCACUUGAAGCAGGGAAACAAGAGAAGAUGUCCGUCAUUCAGAGUUUCAAGCAUCAACAAGAAAGUAACGCCAUAAUUCUUUCGAGUGAAAAUGAAGUUACAGUUGCCCCUCUACAUGCUAAGGCACUGGAAUAUUCAAAAAGUGAUUUGAAGUUAGUAACUCAGGAAACAUUUAAAGCACAGAAUGACUAUGGGCUGCAGCAUUCUUUGAGGCUACCUCCUUCGAGUCCCUAUGAUAAAUUCUUGAGAGCUGCGGGAUGCUAAUGACACUAACCUGCAAUAGAUGCCAUUUUUUCAUUCUUUGCAAUGCUGGUAAAAUGUUUCUUUAGAUGGUUUCUACCAUUCAUGCCCCAAGUACGUGAAAUAUGCAGGAGAGUAAAUUUUUUCUUUUGUUGGGAGAGGUGAAUGUUUGUUUCCAGCAAAUGUAGGAUUUUUCCAGCAAAUAUUUGUCAAUAUUUAUUUAUUUUAGUUUUUUCUUUUGUGAAUAAAGGGUGAUAUUUUUGUUUUGCUGAAACCGUUUUCUUUCAUUCUCUAGUGUGUGGACCAAAUGCUAGAAGCUUCUAAUGAUUCAUGAGUCGUGAAGAAUGAAUGAAUUCCUGUGCGGCUGCUCCGCUUUAUCUCUACCAAAUUCCUGGCAAAGCAAGCGCUGGGCGUAUUACCAUACGUAUAUUUUAUUUUUAAUUUUUCAUGCAUAUAUUCAUAUCAAAUAUGUAUACUAUUCCACGUGGAACACGUACGCUUCAUUGUUAUUGUGUAUGGGUGAAAGAACAACUUUUAUAGAUAUAAAUGUGAUAAUAUGAUGGAAAGAAAAAUUUAAUACAUGUUCAUAA